AUUAAUUAUAAAGAAUAGUCAAAUAGGAAACACAUUAUGUAAUCAUUUCAUAACAACAUUAUUGAUGUAUUUUAUUAAAGCAUUUGAAAUCAUAAACAAAACAUUUGAUACAAAACUAAUUAUAAUUACAAUUUAAUUGCAAAUUAUGUCUAAAUUAAAAUCGGGCAAAAAGUUGGCCGAAAAGGUAAUACAUUCGACACCAAUGGCUCUCUGGAUAUCCGCCGGUUUAGCACAUCCCGGACCACCUCUUGGACCACAAUUAGGACAGAGAGGCAUAAAUAUCUCACAGUUUUGUAAAGACUUUAAUGAGAGGACUAAAGACAUUAAACCGGGAGUUCCUCUGCCCUGCAAUAUAUCCAUUAAUGUGAGUNAUCAAAAACACACAAAUUUGUUGACAAUUAUUAUUAAUUCUGGUUUUACUUAUGCUUUCACUCCGAAGAGAGGCAUAAAUAUCUCACAGUUUUGUAAAGACUUUAAUGAGAGGACUAAAGACAUUAAACCGGGAGUUCCUCUGCCCUGCAAUAUAUCCAUUAAUGCCGACCGGAGCUAUAAUCUGGUGAUCCGAGUGCCGCCCCUCACGUAUUUCAUACGCCAGGCCUCGGGCUCCGAGAGGGGAGCCAUGAACUCAAGCAAAGAGACGGCCGGCUUCUUGACUGUCAAACACGUGUAUGAGAUCGCGAAAGUGAAGAGCACUGAUCCCAUGUAUGACUGCGUCCCUCUCCAGAAGAUUUGCGAAGACAUCAUUGAGUCGGCAAAGAGUUGCGGCAUUAAAGUUGUCUACAAAUUAGAUGUCAACGAAUACAAAGAGUUCUUAGAAGAGAGGAAAAGAGUAGUCGCGGAACAACUCAAAGAACUCGAAGAUAAACGACAGGCGAAGAUGUUGAGGACGGGCUAAGCCAUCGGUUUGCCAUAUGUCAUGUGUGUGUUUAGUAAUCCAUUUGUAGUCAUAAAUUAUCAUAGAGUUUAUUAUGAAAUAUAAAAUGAAUAAACAAUUCAAUGCAAUAUAAAAUGCAUUUAAAUGAAUGUCUAAUUAA